UGAUAGUCUCCCAAUAAACUUCCGGUUAUGACAAAAAAGUUUGGGAAGGAUGGAACUCGGCUAGCUACGGAUUAUUAAAGCUUUUUCCCCCCAAGAAAAGAAUAGAUCGAGGAGGGAUUUUUACCAACUUGUAAAGUGUUCGGUCGGUUCAGCGGUUGUGGCAGCGUGAUUCUGAUUGUAAGUGUGUGUGUGUGUGUGUGUGUGUGUGUUUGUGUGUGUGUGUGUGUGUGUGUGAGAGCGUGCUUGGGGACUCGCGCCAUGGCCUCCAACAAGUCCAAGAACCAGAGCUCCCUGAGCCUCCACAAGGUCAUCAUGGUGGGCAGCGGUGGCGUGGGCAAGUCGGCCCUCACGCUGCAGUUCAUGUAUGACGAGUUUGUGGAAGACUACGAGCCCACCAAAGCGGACAGCUACAGGAAGAAAGUGGUGCUGGACGGCGAGGACGUCCAGAUUGACAUUCUGGACACGGCGGGUCAGGAGGACUACGCGGCUAUCAGGGACAACUACUUCCGCAGCGGAGAGGGCUUCCUCCUGGUCUUCUCCAUCACCGAGCUCGAGUCCUUCACUGCGACCGCAGAGUUCAGAGAACAGAUCUUGCGUGUGAAGUCGGAGGAGGAUAUCAUCCCCCUGCUCCUCGUGGGGAAUAAGUCCGACCUGGAGGACCGCCGGCAGGUGGCCGCGGACGAGGCCAGGGGAAAGGCGGAGCAGUGGGGAAUGCCGUACGUGGAGACCUCGGCCAAGACGCGCGCAUACGUCGAUAAGGUGUUUUUUGACCUCAUGCGAGAGGUGAGGGCGAAAAAGAUGUCCGAGAACAAGGAGAAAAACGGCAAGAAGGGAGGCAAGAGCAAGAGGAACCUGAAGGAGCGCUGCCACCUCCUCUGAUCCCGAGAACAGGGAGACGCAAACCGCACAGGAGCCCGUUUCUUUCUUCUGAAUGACACGGGGAGAAACUGCUGCGGUGUGUGUGUGCUCCUUGCCUUUCGAUUGUGCACACAAAAUCAACACCAGCAUGCUUUGCGCCUGUACACUCUUCUAUACCUCAUUCUCUUCUUAAAAUGGGAAAUGUUUUUUUUUUUUUUUCUUGCAACAAAGAGUGCUGCAAACACUCUCCUUAUCAUUCUGUGCAGCUCUGAGAGAAAAUGGAGGGUUUUCCAUGUCCUAGACAGUGCCCUGUCUCCUGCCGUAAGGUGCGCCUCCUCAUGCUGUAGGUGCUCCUCCUCUGCUCCUCCUCCGCGGGGUUCAGGCAGCUCCGUGUUAUAUGGCAGGUGAUCCUCCCUUGGGGCCACACAUGAUGGGAACAGCAGUCCACUUUACACACACAGAGCAGACUUCUUACCUGGAGCUUUCUAAGCAUGCCUAUAAACUGCUGGCCUUGGGUCCACACAUGAGGGGAACAGUCGUCCACUUUACACACAUAGAGCAGACUUCUUACCUGGAGCAUGCCUAUAAACUGCUGGCCAUGCAGUCUGCCUUGAAAUGCCUUGUUUUAUUGUUGAUAUCCUUAUUUUCUUUACUAUAAAAAAAAUGUUAAGUACUGUUGAAAUAAACACAUUUUUCUUCUUUGUAUAUA